UGCACACUCGUUAUGGUAGACGUAGACUAUCCGGUACUCCCUGUACUGUUUUCGUUAUUGUGGUCUGGCUGUUGAAUCGCAGACCUCCCAACAUAUCUCGUUUAUUUUACCUUUUCAGUCGCGGUUGUGCGAGGAUAGGUUGCAAGUGAGCGUGCAAGCUCCCGCCUUUAUUACUACUUCUACUACAACAACUCAAAGCCAGAGCACGGACUACUCUCUACUUCGACUCACCACAACACGCAACAAAUAAACAAUAACACAAAAUACCUACACAUCCGUUCUCCAAGUGCAAGUGAUUUUUGCCAUCUUCCAUCCACGGCUUUCGCAAUGGCAAACAAAAUGCAGCAGAGAGCUAUACACCUGAAUCUACCCAAAAAUGAUAAACUAGAUAUAGAAUUUCAAAAUCUAUCAUUCAACGUGCCCUUCGGCAAAGGUAAAAAGGAAAUUUUGCAUUCGAUUUCGGGGAAGUUCAAAUCCGGAGAGCUGACAGCCAUCAUGGGUCCCUCCGGGGCUGGAAAAUCAUCACUGCUAAAUAUACUUACAGGAUUCGAGAAUGCAGGCACUUCGGGGACGAUCCGCUGCACCGGCCAGGAUGACGAAACUGACAGCAAAGUGAAGUACAAGAGGGAUUGCUGCUACAUCCUGCAGGAUGAUAGGCUGUGUCCGCUCUUCACCGUGAAGGAAAUCAUGAAUAUGGCGGCAAAACUAAAACUAGGAUACUCUGUUUCCGAGAAAGCCAAAGAGUUGGUGAUAUUUGAUAUAUUGGAUACGUUAGGCUUAAGUAACACAAUGGACACUAAAUGCAGUCGCCUCUCUGGAGGUCAGCGGAAGCGUCUUUCAAUUGCUUUGGAAUUAAUCGACAAUCCACCAAUUAUGUUUCUGGACGAACCGACGACUGGUUUAGAUAGUUCAUCUUCUCUGCAAUGCGUCACUAUGUUGAAAAGUCUAGCUCGUGGUGGACGGACGAUCGUGUGCACUAUUCAUCAACCUAGUGCAACAAUUUUCGAAAUGUUCGAUCAUGUUUACAUUUUAGCUGAAGGAUAUUGCAUUUACCAAGGGAAAUCCAUGAAUACAGUCUCGUACCUUUCUAGAGUGGGUUUGCAUUGUCCGCAAUACCACAACCCAGCAGAUUAUUUACUUGAAGUUGCAAAUGGCGAAUAUGGAAAUUUCACAGAAAAGUUGGCGAAGUUCUCCACAGAAACGAAUUUUAGAAUGUUGGAACCUUCAGAUAUUUUAGUUACAGAAAAAGAGCCAUGCAAAGAUGAACAUUCCAAGAAAACAACAGUCUUAAUACAAGCGCCUUCGGAAUGGUACAAAUUCCAGAUCCUCUUCCAACGGUGUCUUAUACAACUUUACAGGGACUGGACAGUCACACAAUUAAAACUCGUAUUACACAUCCUAGUCGGUAUAUUUGUAGGUGUUUUAUAUAUGAAUUAUGGAAAUGAUGGAUCGAAAGCCAUUAAAAACGUUGGAUAUUUUAUCGUUUCCAUUGUCUACAUCAUAUACACAUCAAUGAUGCCCGCUGUUGUUAAAUUUCCAUCUGAAAUACCAAUUAUCAAGAAGGAAAGCUUUAACAAUUGGUAUAAACUAAACACCUACUACAUGGCUUAUAUAAUGGCCAAUAUGCCAGUUCAAGUUGUGUUCUCGCUCGUAUAUACGGUUAUUUCAUACCUAAUCAGUGGACAACCAAUAGAAGUUAUGAGAAUGCUGAUGGUUUUUGGGAUUCAAACUAUUGUUUCGUUAAUAGCAGAAAGCUUCGGUUUAAUACUUGGGACAACAGUUAAUCCAAUAAACGGCACUUUUUUGGGUGCGAUUUUGACGGCACUCUUCUUGGUUUUGGCCGGAUUCCUGAUGCUGUUCUCGCACAUGUCAAAGUUCAUGUACGUCCUCUCGUACUUUUCCUAUAUAGCGUACGCGAUGGAAGCUAUGGUACAAGCCAUGUACGGCUUCGAAAGGGAGCAACUUCCAUGUCCACCGGAUGUAUCGUAUUGUCAUUACAAAUCGCCAACUAUCUUGCUAAAAGAUCUAGGGAUGCAGAAUAGCAAUUACAUGUAUGACCUCUUAGUUCUGGUAGCUAACCUCAUCGUAAUGAAAAUUGUUGGCUUCUGCACGCUGAGACGGAUGAUCAGGAAAGGCAUAUAAUAUGCUCGAAACCGAAGACUAUCUCCAGGCAAAUACUAUUUCAACAACCUCUUAUCUUAAGCUUUAAACUGUAUGUUUUAAAAUAUUUAACUGCGGUUAAGUAAUGAGUAUUAUACCAAGAAUUUGAAUCAUUUAGUCCACCGGGAAUUAAUUUUAUUUUAGUAGGUAAAUGUGAUCAAUGUAUAUAAUUUAUGAUAGUU